GUCAAAGUCGACAAAUGUCAAAUAUCAUGUUUACAUUUGGUUCUUUGCGUGAUUUAAGUUUGAUUUGAAGAUAUUUACCGAGAAGCUGUAUAGAUAUAGAAAAAUAAUUGCAAUGCAAUGUUUCCAACUAAUCAUAAAACAAUAUUCGUCUUAGAUCACACUCCUUAUUUUGGGAUUUCUUCAGAUUUUCCAAUAGAAUUUGAUGUUUCUAAAACUCGAGGUCCGGGAUAUGUUCCUUUACCGCCAGUUUGUAAGUCUUUAUGGACUUGCAGUGUAGAAGCGGCUGUUGAAUAUUGCAGGAUUGUGUGGGACCUAUUUCCAGAAGGGAAAUUGAUCCGGUUUAUAGUCAGUGAUUCAACAGCACAUUUACUGAACACUUGGGCUGUAGCACAACAAAAUUUGACACAUAUUCUAAAUGGACUUUGUCUUGUUGGUCCGGUGCGUCGUGGAGCGGGUGGCGAUGUUGUGGGACUGUGUGCCGCUAUUGAAGCACUGGGGGAACCCUCGCCCACACAGUCUUCACGGCCCAAUACUGAGAGACUUUUCCAAAAUAGGGGCCGCAUUAUUUGCAUUACAAGUGCAAGGGAUGACGACUCAAUAAGGAGCCUGGCGGAAAUAGCACUCAAUGCCUUAGUGCAACAGAACAAAAAGUUAUCUAUGGUCCCACCCACUACUAGUACUGAUACAAAUGCUAAUACACAAUCAUUGGUGAUUCACUAUUGUCAUUUGGUCAUAGUAAAUGUGACGCCUGAAAAGAUUGAAACGAGAGUUAAUAACCAACCACUUACAGAGAUGGGCGGUGGUCUAAUGGGAGUGGAGGUGAUAGUGUCAAGAGCAAGCACUCUGGCAAACUUGCUCGGCCGCUUGGUGUUGCCACACUACAAGCUGGCAACAACCACCGUUACUGGCAUCCCUAUGAAGGAAGAACAAAACGCGAGUUCAAGCGCCAACUACGACGUGGAGAUCAUUCACUCGUCGGAGGCGCACGCAGGGCUGCGCGCGGCGCAGACUGCCGCUGAGGCACUGGAAUCUGUGGUGCUGCGGUGGUGGACGCCGCGCGGCGCGGAGGGCGGGGCGAGCGGCUGCAGCGGUCAGCCGGCGGACGUGGCGUCACGCCCCUCUGCCUGCCUCGUCAACUUCCUGCUCAACGGACGCUCCGUCACGCUCGAGGUGCCGCGCAAGGGCGGCGGGCGCUCCGCGUCGCACGUGCUGGCGGCCCAGGGCGGCGAGCUGUGGAUAGGCGCCCUGGGCGGACGCACACCCUACGACGACCCGCCCGCACUCUCGGAGGGCGCAGGCGGACGUGUCACCGACUAUAGGAUAAAGGAGUUCGGCAGCGUGAUGCAGCAGAACAAGGUGGUGCCGCUGCGGGGCGCAGGCGGCAACGGGCGCGCGCGCGCUCGACUGCAGCGACACACCACGUACUGGCCGCUCACCAUCUCAUCCACUAUUAUUUUUAACUUGGGCCCUGUGGUGGAGCCGCUGAGCCGGCUGGUGGUGCAGGAGACGCUUCCCCCCGCCAAAGGGGAAUUUAAUUUUGCAACGGCAAAUCAAACAGCAUUAGACGUGCACGAACGAAAAGGAAAAGUGACGCCUGAUAAUGAAAAAUUAAAUAUAAACAAGAUAAAAAGGAUUGGGUGCAUCUGGUCCGGAUACGAGGCGGCGAGGCUCGUCCCCUCCCCUUCCACACCCCCCGCACUGCUCCCCUGA